GUCAACAGAAAUAGAAAUGGCUGAUCAUCACGAUUUACCGUUUAAAGCUGAAUAUGCCAAAAGUAGUCGUGCAUCAUGUAAAGCUUGUAGACAAGGAAUAACCCAGGACACGCUACGAUUAGCUGUUAUGGUCCAGUCUCCACAUUUUGAUGGAAAAAUUCCAAACUGGUUUCAUUAUAAAUGCUUUUGGAAUCGAGCAAGAGUUGAAAACCCAGACGACAUCCAUGGCUUUCACUCCUUGCGGUGGGAGGAUCAACAGAAAAUCAAGGAUAAAGUUGCAGGAUCUGGUGGUGGUGGAGGAGAUACAGAUGUUAUUGACGGCGCAGGUGCAAAUGACUUCAAGAUUGAAUAUGCAAAGUCUAACAGAAGUACCUGUCGUGGCUGUGACUUAAAAAUAGACAAAGAUCUGAUCAGAAUAUCAAAGAAAGAUUUUGAGGGUCAAAGAGCUAAGAUGUAUGGCCCCCAGGACAUGUGGUAUCAUGUCGAUUGUUUCGUGGAGAACCGCGAUGAGCUGGAGUUUAGCAAACAAAUGGGAGCCGACAAAAUUCCAGGAUUCAACAAACUGAAGAAAGAAGACCAAAGCCAGUUACUAGAAAAACUUGGUAAAGGAGAACAAGCGAAAAAAAGGAAAGGGGAUGAUGCAAAAGGGUCUGGUGGAAAAAAAGUUAAGAAGGAAGAAACGGAGGAGGAAAAGCAGUUGAAAAAACAAACACAGCUCAUUUGGGAAAUAAGGGACAAGAUUUCGAAGAAUGUCUCUAACGAAGCUUGCAAAUUAAUGCUGGAGCUAAAUAACCAAAAGCUUCCCUCUGGUGAAAGCAAGUUAUUUGAUGCCCUAGCUGACUGUAUGGGAUUUGGAGCUUUAGAAACAUGUCCUGAAUGUAAAAAUGGACAAUAUGUGUUCACGGCUGAAGGAUACAAGUGUACUGGGGACUUGACCGAUUGGACAAAAUGCAUGAAUAUUACAAAAACUCCCAAAAGAAAAGCAUUCAAAGUUCCAAAGGAAUUUCAUGAUGUUGAUUUUUUAAAAAAGUACAAGUAUGUGAAACGAGACCGUGUUUUUCCAUCAGUUACAGUGAGAGCAACGGAGGGGCCUGUGAGCUCAUCGAUGGAUUCUGUGGAUGGGCCAUCUCACCAGUCCCUAGAGAACAUGAAUUUUGUUAUUGUCGGCAAGCUGUCCAAGUCGAAAGCGGCCUUAACCAAGGAGAUACAGAACAUGGGUGGCAAUGUAGUCACUAAGAUAGACAAGAAAGUUGCUGCGUGCAUUAGCACUAAAGAUGAAGUUACAAAAAAAAGUAAAAAUAUCAAAGAAGCAGAAAAAUGUGGGGUCCAUGUGGUGUCAGAAGAUUUUCUGUCUGAAGCCAAGUCUGGGAGCGCACCGUCCCUGAUUCAGAAACAUAGUAUAGCCUCCUGGGGAGAUGAUCCAGCUAAAAGAAUAGGAGAACCACUUCGCAUGAAGAGUGCUCCAAAGAGUGCAAUGACCGCAAAAGAAGAGGCCAGGUAUACAAAGAAGGUGCCAGCGACGAUGAAGAUGAAAGUCAAGGGUGGAGCUGCUGUUGACCCUGAUUCAGGUAUGGCAGAGACCGCUCACGUGAUCCAGGAGGGUGGAAGCAUCUACAACGCUGUGCUUGGAUUGGUUGAUAUUGUCAGGGGAACGAACUCUUUCUAUAAAAUACAAGCCCUUGAAAAGGACAGUGGAACAGGAUGGUGGGUGUUUCGUUCAUGGGGACGUGUUGGUACCACAAUAGGAGGCAAUAAAGUGGAAAAGUGUUCCAAUCGGGCGGAAGCUAUUACUACCUUCAAGGCGCUGUAUGCAGAAAAAACAAACAAUCCGUGGAAUAAUAGGAAAGAUUUUAAGAAAUUUCCAAACAAGUUCUAUCCACUUGAUAUAGAAUAUGGAGAGGAAGACGAUAAUGUAAGAAGCAUUGAUGUGAAGAAUUCCCACUCGAAACUGCCCAGAUCUGUACAGGAUCUCAUCUGCCUGAUAUUCAAUGUGGAAAACAUGAAAAAGGCCAUGCUAGAGUUUGAGAUUGACUUGAAGAAGAUGCCUCUGGGAAAACUAUCCAAGAAACAGAUCCAGUCUGCCUAUUCUAUCCUCACAGAAUUACAAAAUCUGAUUGAGAAAGGUGGUACAUCCAGUCAGUUCUUGGAUUGCUCCAACAGAUUCUACACAUUGAUUCCUCAUGAUUUUGGCAUGAAGAAACCACCCAUGUUGGACACAGCUGAGAUUAUUAAGAAUAAGACUGAUAUGCUGGACAACCUGCUGGAGAUUGAGGUGACUUACAGUCUUCUGAAGGGUGGAGACGAGACGGAGGAUCCCAUCGACAGUCACUACAAGAAACUCAAGUGUAAACUGGAGCCUAUGGACAAAUCAAGUGACAUGUACAAACGGCUACUUGAUUACACCAAAAACACUCAUGCUACUACCCACAACCAGUAUGCACUUGAAGUUGAAGAUAUAUUUGAAGUGGCCAGAGAAGGGGAAUAUGGCAGAUACAAAUCAUUUGAGGAAUUGCACAAUCGUCAGCUUCUGUGGCAUGGAUCUCGUACAACAAACUAUGGUGGUAUCUUAUCUCAGGGUCUCCGAAUCGCACCGCCAGAAGCUCCAACUACUGGCUACAUGUUUGGGAAAGGUGUGUAUUUUGCCGACAUGGUCUCCAAGAGUGCUAACUACUGCUGGACAUCCAGAUCCAACCCCACUGGCAUCUUGCUGCUGUGUGAGGUCGCCCUUGGUAACAUGCAUGAACUAAUACAUUCAAGUUACAUCACCUCACUGCCCAAAGGAAAGCACAGUACAAAAGGUAUUGGUAUGACCUGUCCUGACCCUGCCAGUAACUAUACAAUGGAUAAUGGCGUACUCAUACCGAUGGGUAAAGGAACAAAUUCUGGAGUUGCUUCCAGUUUGCUCUACGAUGAAUUUAUUGUGUACGAUGUUGCCCAGAUCAACAUUAAAUACUUACUGAAGACAAAAUUCAAUUACAAGUAGUGCAGUUCAACAAGAAAAAUAUCUGUUGCGGCAGUGGAAUCCAUGAAACAGAGGAUUUGUGACAUUGUAAUGUUUUUUGUGACGUUUUCUAGAGGACUUUUACCUUCAUUGUUGGUUUUUGUAAAACCAGCAGCCAAGUUGUGAUAGUAUUUUUAGUGUUUUAUAAAAUGUUACCACCCAAGUGAUACUGGUAAAUUUGUAAAUUCAGUUUCAGUGCUGGUUUGAUACACUGAAAGCAAAUUUCCCAUUAAAAGUAUCCAUCAUUCUUGUAAAACAGAGAAGCUAUAGUCCUUCCCAGCAUUCAUGAACAUUGCUUUUUGUAAACAAUUUCACUUUGAUUUGAUGUGUGAAUAAAAGUAAAAGUGUUUUAAAAAUAACAAAAAAGAAACCACUAUUUUUGUGUAGAAUUUAGAAAACAGUCUGCUCAGAAAUAAAUAACUUGUAGUAAAUACCAUAGUAAGACGAGGACAUUUCCAGAUGGGAAAGACUAUAGUACCUUCCGUCCUACCUGUCUUGUCUGGAAGCUGGUUUAGAAAAAAAUAACUAGAUUUUCACUUGCACCUGUCUAAAGAAAAUCUUUGAAAUUAUCUUCAAUAUAUGUAAAAGGUUAAGUCUUAAAAAAAAAUAGUGAAUCUUAUAAUUUUAUUGUAAAAUGUAAAAACACGGCAUAUGUCUUGUCUUCUUUUUUUUUCUUCUUUUUUAAAAAGUAAAAUACAGUACUGCUGUACAGUACUAAACCAGUUCUCUCAGCUGAUGACUGUCACCCAUAUCUACAGGGAACAUUUUGUUUUCAAAAUUUUGAUUAGUGAUAUUUCUAGUUGAUUGAAAAUUGAUUAGUAACUACUUUUUAAUGUUUAAAAAUUGUGUAGCGAUCUCUGAAACAUGCGUAGCGAAUCGUGAUGCGAUACUGAACAAAAUGUUCCCUGGUCUACGACUGGUAGUUUGACAAUCAGUGAAAAGAGUAUGUUGUGUUGUAGUGGUAGUCAUUACUAGACACCAGGAUUUCCAUGUAUAGAUGAUCACUUCUAAGAACAAGUAGUGUUUUCGUAUCAUGUUUUCAUUUAAUUUGUUUAGCUUUAGUUGAUUGUUUUUGUUCUCUUUUUUUUUCAGAUGAAAAAUUGUGAUCUGCUAUUCAGAAUUUAUUUUUCUGUUAUAUUUCAUUUCAUGUGUUAUAUAUAUAUGCAGAUCAUGUUUAUGAAAAUUGUAUCUUUUUUUAAGGGUAUGGGGCAAUAGCCUUUAUAUAAAACCAUAUUUUAAGGCAGACAAAGACACAUCUUCUCUAGCAUUUGUAUCCACUGCAUGUUAUUGUGCUAAAGAAUCCAUUUGUAUUACAUGUAGGUUUUUAAUUCUGCAGUUAGUAAGCAAGCAAGGAAAUGCACUGGUUUAUUGUGAUAUUAAUUGUAAUCUCUUAUGAGAUUUGGUUCUCAGCAAAGUAGAAUAUCAGUAUGUGAUAAGAUCAGUAUCAUUCCAUAAUUCUAGAAAUUAAAAUCACAAGCUUGUGUGGUAAUAAUCAUUGGGGUAGUGGGUAUUGCAAGCACAUUUGCAGGGGGUAAUGGGGGUCGAAACCUGUCUCCAGUGGAGUAUGAUUUAACCACUACCACCCUUGAAACUUCAUUGGCCAUAGUCUAGACCUGCCCCAUCAUAAAUUCCUGCAUAUGCGCCGGCAUUGGCCGCAACCACACCAAAAUAUACCUACCUCCAGUGGAGUAUGAUUUAACCACCACCACCCUUGAAACUUCAUUAGCCACAGUCUAGACCUGCCCCUGCAUAAAUUUCUGCAUACACACCCCAAGAUAUGAGUGCCCCGUUUGUGUAGCUGGAAAAGACCCUAUAUACUAUUGUGCCUGAAUUCCUUUUUUCUUCUUUUUUUGGAUAUCUUUUGUGUUCAAAAUGUGUACUAUUUUUUAUGUCUUAAACUAAAUAUGUUGUUUUUAGUUUUUUUAAUAUUCUGGUUUAUGUUACUGCAAACAAAACCGUACCAAUUUAUAUUUUUAGACAUGUUUUCUUUGUUGUGUUUUUUUUUGGGGGGGGGGUUGUUGGGGUUUGUUUUAUAUAGACUAAGUGAACAGCAAAAUGUGCUGUGUAACAAAUAGUUUGUAAAUGUAAAGCUGAUAUGAUUAUUUUUAUUUUUAUGCACAGUAUAGAAUAAAUCACAUUGAUGUUU